UGAGGAGGCAUUGGAAGAUAAACUAACUGAAUGACCCCCCUGAACUCUAGUCAUAUUCACUGGCACACCAAGAGUUCUUUCCAGGACCAUUUGUACCACACAAUCAACAAAACACUGUGGGUCUAGAAGAUAUGCAAACUGCAUUAAGCAAAGAGGGGGUUACUGAAGGAGAGGAAGUUCAAGAAAGGAUUGUCCAAGGCUGGGCUGAAAGACAGAAAAGACGUCAGAAAUAUUCAGCAAUUUCCUACGACCAUAGACCAGGAAGAACUGAUACCCCAAGUCCUACUCCAGAGAAGGAUGACAAGUACAAAUCACAGGAUAUGGCGAGUGAAACGAGCCCUAAAAAUGGGCAGCAAAAAGCUACUGAAGAGUUACAGAACAAGGAUGAUGUGUCUGUUCAUUGUACUUCAGAUGUACAUGAGGUAGAUGAGAACUCUGAAGUCCCUGAAAAAGAAAAUAAAACAAGUCCUGCAGCUGACAGAAGUGGUGAGUCCAUUGAUGAGCUGUCAGUUGCUGACAGUCUGAAUGAACAGAAAGAUACCCUAAGGCAGGAGAAUGGAGGUGAAUUCUCGUCUGAGGAGAUGCUGCACAAAGAAAAAGAAAGUAAGACAGGCAAUGGGCUUAUACCAUUUGGAAAUGAUGAGAUGAGUGAGAGUUCAAACCUCUUGGCUUCAAAUCCCAAACCAUCUGCAUCUAAGACCCUUUGGAGGAGCGUGAGAGACUCAUUCACUAAAUCUUCAGAUCAUCUUCCACAAGUCCACUCAGAAGUCCUGGUACCAGUAGCAGAUGUCAAUGUGGCUGUUGUAUCUUACAAGCGUAGUACAUCACGUGAUUAUUCUAAAAUAGAUGUUCAUGAUGACGAUGAAGAUCAUUCUGCCCUGUUCUCAGAUAUUUCCACAUCAUGGCCCACAAGUUUCUGAACACAGUUCACAGUUCUCCUACUUAGAACGUUUAAGCAGUCCAAACCAGAUAUUUUGUCUAAGUUAGAGUUAUCACAGAACUUGCUUCUUGCCCUCGUUUCGGGCUUGAUCUGGUUCCAGCUUCCUUACAAAGAGAAGAGCAUUGAAGACAGAUAUUCACUGGUUCACGAGAAGAGGAAGUGGGUUGUUUUGUUUCUUUGGUG